GUCAGUGCCUGUGCUGCCUUGCAUAUUCGCUAGUUUAGUUGUGUCGUGUUGCAGUUUUGACUGAAAUAAUCAUGUCUCUGGAGAUUGAGUCCGUAGACGUGGUCCGUCUGAUCAUGCAGUACCUGAAGGAGAACAACCUGCACAGGUCGCUGGCGACCCUCCAGGAGGAGACCACCGUGUCUCUUAACACGGUGGACAGCAUUGACAGCUUUGUGGCCGACAUCAACAGCGGACACUGGGACACCGUCCUCCAAGCCAUCCAGUCCCUCAAGCUUCCCGAUAAGACCCUAAUAGACCUUUAUGAACAGGUGGUGUUGGAGCUCAUCGAGCUGCGAGAGUUGGGUGCAGCCCGUUCUCUCCUCAGGCAAACGGACCCAAUGAUCAUGUUGAAACAGACGCAGCCUGAGAGGUACAUCCACCUGGAGAAUCUGCUAGCUCGCUCCUACUUUGAUCCCCGGGAGGCCUAUCCGGACGGCAGCAGUAAAGAGAAACGGCGGGCGGCCAUCGCUCAGGCUUUGGCGGGAGAAGUCAGCGUGGUGCCACCGUCGCGUCUUAUGGCUCUGCUGGCCCAGUCCCUCAAGUGGCAGCAGCAUCAGGGUCUUCUUCCUCCCGGAAUGACCAUUGACUUGUUCAGAGGUAAAGCGGCCGUCAAAGACGUAGAAGAAGAACGUUUCCCCACCCAGCUCAGCAGACACAUCAAGUUUGGCCAAAAAUCCCAUGUAGAAUGUUCCAGAUUCUCUCCUGAUGGCCAGUACUUGGUCACAGGCUCUGUGGACGGCUUCAUCGAGGUUUGGAACUUCACUACAGGCAAAAUCAGAAAGGAUCUGAAGUACCAGGCUCAGGAUAACUUAAUGAUGAUGGACGACGCAGUGUUGUGUAUGUGCUUCAGUCGAGACACGGAGAUGUUGGCCACUGGGGCCCAAGAUGGAAAGAUCAAGGUGUGGAAGAUUCAGAGCGGUCAGUGUCUGAGGAGGUUCGAACGCGCGCACAGCAAAGGAGUCACGUGCCUCAGCUUUUGCAAAGACAGCGGCCAGAUCCUCAGUGCCUCCUUUGAUCAGACCAUCAGGAUCCACGGGCUGAAGUCAGGCAAGUCCCUGAAGGAGUUCCGCGGUCACUCCUCAUUUGUCAACGAGGCCACGUUCACCCCCGACGGUCACCACAUCAUCAGCGCCUCCUCUGAUGGCACCGUCAAGGUGUGGAACAUGAAGACCACCGAGUGCAGCAGCACCUUCAAACCUCUCGGUUCGUCCGCAGGCACCGACAUCACCGUCAACAACGUCCUCCUGCUGCCCAAGAAUCCUGAGCACUUUGUGGUGUGCAACCGUUCCAAUACGGUGGUCAUCAUGAACAUGCAGGGACAGAUCGUCAGGAGUUUCAGCUCUGGUAAGAGGGAAGGCGGUGACUUUGUGUGCUGCACCUUGUCUCCUCGUGGCGAGUGGAUCUACUGCGUGGGCGAAGACUUUGUGCUCUACUGUUUCAGCACCGGCACCGGCAAGCUGGAGAGAACGCUGACGGUCCACGAGAAGGACGUGAUCGGCAUUGCCCAUCACCCCCACCAGAACCUCAUCGCCACCUACAGCGAGGACGGCCUGCUGAAGCUCUGGAAGCCGUGAGACUUGAUCUGCUGCAUGUGGACUCUUGCGAUCGAGUUCUUAAUGUGACAACCACAGCGUGUCGGCGCCUGGAUGAGAGAGAAGAAGAACUGAAUACAAUGCCAACUUUUACCUCACUUUGGUGGAUUAGUGAGAGAGUUUAGCAGGUGUCAUCUUCAGCUGGUGGUCUUUUCCUGAUUGAUAUUACAGUCUGAUGUCGGCAUUGGACUCCAAGGUUCCGCUUUUUGUAAAUAUUUUUUUAGGACAUUUUUCCCACCACCCCCAAGAAGACCUGGUUCAGUAGUGUAGUUUUUUCCACAGCAAUGUAGAAUUGAAAGAUGCAUUUCCAGCAAUGAUUUAUUCUAUACCAAUUACACAAGCCUUUAUUAUAUUUUAGUCCACAACAAAGAAUGACCAAAAUGUCAGUUACUUUUUCUUUUUUUUUUUACCCUUGUGUGAUUAAAACUGCUUCACCAGAAUGCUGGCAUCAAGUGAGCUUCUUAAAAUUGUGAUCAUAAUUUUCAAAUAUAG